AUGGCUGUGGACUAUCGGCAUGGAGUCGCCAUCUUCAGCCUUAUCAUCUACCUCCCAUGUGUCUUCGUCUCAAUAUAUGUUGCACUUCGACACGGCUUUGCAAAGGCGGCAGGAUGGUACUUUCUCGUCGUCUUCUCCAUAGUCCGUACCGUGGGCGCAUGCUUGCAGCUGGCGACAAUAGCGAAUCCUACAGAAGGCCUCUUCACAGGCGCCGCGGUGUGCAAUUCUAUCGGGACCACCCCGUUGAUUCUCGCCUGCGUUGGACUCUUGCAACGAGCAAACAAUUCCAUAACCAACAAAGGCCAGAAGGGAGUUGUCCCGGUCGUGUUUCGUGCAAUCGCAACUUUGGCGCUCGUGGGCCUUAUUCUAGCCAUCGUUGGCAUCACCAGUCAGGAUGACAUGAUGCAUUACGUGCCGAACGGAAAGACCAAGGCCGCUAUCCUCGUCACCCUCGCAGUCUGGGUUAUCGUAGCUGGCCUGCUAUUCAUGCUGUACGGAAGGAAGAAAUACCUUCCUGCUGGAGAAAACAGACUCCUCCUUGCGGUCGCGAUCUCUCUCCCGUUCAUUCUCGUCCGCCUAAUAUACAGCUUGAUCAGCGCUUUUACUCGCAAUCCCCGGUUCAGCAUUUUCUCCGGGGAUGUUACGAUCUAUCUGGUCAUGGCUGUGUUGGAGGAAAUGAUCGUUGUUAUCACUUGCAUUGCGAUAGGAGUCACUCUGAAUACCGAUGGAGUCUCGGGAUACCAGGGUGUUCAGAUCCGCAGUGAGUCCCCGUCUACUGAGGAGAUGAAGCCUUACCAGGCAAGGCACGGGGACCAGAGCGGGAGAGGGGGAGACAACCAAUACAGACACGGUGUUGUUUCGAGCAAUGUUUGA